CGGUAGGAAAGUCUAGAAGCUGCUGCGGUUGAACUGAGUCGGCACGUGACUCGACUCAGCGAGUGGCAUCCCUCACCGGAUCUUCUUACGCUACAUAUACACCUCCCCCAGCAUCAUCCGCUCAUCGAUCGAGACUUCCGCCGCGACUUGCUAAGCAGAGAUUUGGUUGAGAUUCCGAGGAGAGAAAUGGCCGCGAAGAAGAGCGUCGGAGUCCUCAAGGAGGCUGAGCUCAAGGGGAAGAGGGUGUUCGUGAGGGUGGAUCUCAACGUCCCCUUGGAUGACAACCUCAAGAUCACCGACGACACCAGGGUCAGAGCCGCGGUCCCCACCAUCAAGUACUUGAUGGGCCACGGCGCCAGAGUCAUCCUCGCCUCCCACUUGGGACGCCCAAAGGGCGUUACACCGAAAUACAGUUUGAAGCCUCUUGUCCCAAGGCUGUCGGAACUGCUUGGAGUGGAGGUUAAGAUGGCGAAUGACUGCAUUGGUGUGGAAGUUGAGAAACUGGUUGCUGAAAUUCCUGAAGGAGGAGUUCUGCUUCUCGAGAAUGUCAGAUUCUACAAGGAGGAGGAGAAGAAUGAUCCUGAAUUUGCAAAGAAGCUGGCUGCUCUGGCUGAUGUUUACGUUAACGAUGCUUUCGGUACUGCACACAGAGCUCAUGCUUCCACUGAGGGAGUCGCAAAGUACUUGAAACCUUCCGUUGCUGGCUUCCUCAUGCAGAAAGAAUUGGACUACCUAGUUGGAGCUGUGACGAAGCCGAAGAGGCCAUUCGCUGCAAUUGUUGGUGGAUCAAAGGUCUCGACUAAGAUUGGAGUGAUGGAGUCCCUCCUCGCCAAGGUGGACUUGCUCUUCCUCGGUGGAGGAAUGAUCUUCACAUUCUACAAAGCUCAAGGUCACUCCGUUGGAUCUUCCCUUGUAGAAGAAGACAAGCUGGAACUUGCCACUUCACUUCUUGAGAAAGCCAAGUCCAGGGGUGUAAAGAUCCUGCUCCCUACUGACGUGGUCAUUGCCGACAAGUUUGCUGCUGAUGCUAACAGCAAGGUUGUUCCGGCAUCAGCUAUCCCUGAUGGGUGGAUGGGUCUGGACAUCGGACCAGACAGCAUCAAGACAUUCAGCGAGGCUCUUGAUGCCACCCAGACCAUCAUUUGGAACGGUCCCAUGGGUGUGUUUGAGUUUGACAAGUUUGCUGUCGGGACUGAGGCUGUAGCAAAGAAGCUGGCCGAGCUCAGUGGGAAGGGAGUGACAACCAUUAUCGGAGGAGGCGACUCUGUCGCGGCCGUGGAGAAGGUCGGGCUUGCUGACAAGAUGAGCCACAUCUCAACUGGAGGUGGGGCCAGCCUUGAGCUCCUUGAGGGUAAGACCCUCCCUGGAGUCCUCGCUCUCGAUGACGCUUGAACCCCGAAGCUCUAGAUUUUUUGGGCGCUCAGUUCUUUCCGUGCAGUUUUCGUUUGGUGUUUUGAUUCUCACUCACCGGGUUAUCGUUUGGUGUUUUGAUUCUCACUCACCGGGUUACGGCCAGGGAGCAGUAUUAAGACCGUAUCAUUAAAAAAAAAAAAUUGCAAGAGUCGAGGCUUUGUGUUAUAGAGGCAGAUAGUAAUAGAGGGUUUGGAAUAAGCCGAGAUUUUGUGUAGAAUUUUUAACCGUCCAGUUGUUUUUGACUGGAAUUCACCAACCACCUGGGAUGGGACAAUGAAAUAUGUCAUCUUUUCUGCUGAUGUUUCUCACUUA